CGCUUAAAUUUUGUGUGUUAAAGUGAUUUGUGUGAAAAAUGGGAAAAGUCUCAAAGCAGGUGUCUCAUAAACAGAAGAAAAAGCUCAAGAAAUUAUUGCAAUUAUUAGACAGCUCAAGCUCGUCUGAGAUUUCUUCAAAUGAAGAGUCAGGGACGGAUUUGGAUUCAGAUGCCCCUUUAGUAAAUUUGGUGUCUGCGGAUCCUCCUGCGAAUCAAAAUAUUAAUACUGAUUUGGUUGAUGGGGGCGCGCAGAAUAUUUUGUCUUUAUUAAGUAGCCAGUCCUCAACCAACAAGGGACCUAUAAUUCAUACAGAUGUAUCUGAUCUUCUUUCUGGCUUUCUUCUUAAGGGGAUUGAUAAAGAAUCUCGUACUGCUGUUUUAGAUUCUUAUCCCUGUAUUGCCAACUGCUCAGCGCUCCAGCCCCCUGCAGUUAACCAAGAAAUAAAGUCUUGUUUAGAUGCAAAUGCUUUGAAACAGGAUAACUUUUUGAUGAAAUUGCAAUCACAGUUAGCGGCUGGCAUAAGCAUAUUAGCGAUGGAGCUUAAUGGGCAGUAUCAGAUAACCAAAGAAAAGGCAACAGAGGAAACAAAGAGAGAAUUGGAAAAGAAAUGUGACCCAGUAAAGAUUUUUUCGGAUGUAUUUCACGCCUUAUCCUUACAUCGACGCCACGGUAUCGUCCCUUUUUUGGACAGCGGAGUAAGGACAGUAUUGGAUUCUUGUCCCAUAGAUGAUUUUUUGUUUGGAAAAUCAUUUCCGGAGCAGUUGAAGAGUUCAAAUGAGGCGCAACGUCUAGGGUCUAGCAUUAAAAAGAAGGAUAAGGGUCCAAAAUAUGUUCCUUCAAAGGCUCUGGCAACCCGCAAGGCUAUCAGUGAACCUAGAGCUGGUCCUUCAGGUUUACAAUCUUUAAACUUUCGGCGCACCCAGCCCCGGAGCCGCAUGAAAAAAGAGGAGGGGAGGUAUCGUUCCAGGGGCGCGUAUACUCGCCGCCAAUAACACCUUCAGAAGAUCUUCUUAGUGAAAAACAGUUGUUAGUGAGUCAGGUAAAUACAUAUUAUGCCGGUAGACUCUCUGACUAUUUGGAUAAGUGGGCUCUAAUCACUAAUGAUCCCUUUGUUCUCUCUUGUAUUUCUGGAUAUGAGAUUCCGUUUUAUAAAAAACCAAUACAAACAAAUUUACCAAGACCAUCUUUUACCUUAAAUGAGUUAUCUAACGUAGAGAAAGCUAUUGCUCAAUUAUUACAAAUAGGGGCAGUAUCUAAGACACGUCCGAGAGUUGGUCAGUUUUUAUCAUCGAUUUUCUUGGUUCCAAAACCCGAUGGCUCAUCUAGAUUUAUCUUAAAUCUCAAGGCUUUGAACCGUUUUCUACGACCUCCUCACUUUAAACUAGAGGAUUAUAGGACUGUCUUUAAAUUAUUAUAUCCAGAUUGUUUCUUCACAUCACUGGAUAUAAAAGAUGCAUAUUUUUUAGUUCCAGUUGAUAAGAAAUUUAGAAAAUAUCUAACUUUUUCUUUUAAAGAUUCAUAUUAUAGUUUUAAUUGUUUACCUUUUGGUCUCUGUACGUCUCCAUUCGUGUUCACAAAGAUUAUGAAGCCUGUAGUAAAAUUUCUAAGGUCUAAUGGCAUUGUCUGUGUUAUCUAUUUGGAUGAUAUACUCAUUAUAAGCAAAACUGUAGAGGCUGCUAACAAAGACUGUCAAACAACAAAAUCUCUUCUGGAAUCGUUAGGGUUUUUACUUAAUUUAAAGAAGAGUGUUUUAGUACCUUCUCAAAUAUGUACUUUUCUGGGUUUUGUAUAUAACUCUGUAUCGUUCAGAGUCUAUUUGCCGAUGCAAAAAAAGACUCUCAUUUUGCUUCAAAUUACAAAACUUUUAUCAAAAGGUAGAUGCUCUAUUCUGUCCCUAGCUGAACUCAUAGGAAGGUUUGUAGCUGCUUGUCCCACUGUUAAAUACGGUUGGGUUCAUUUGAAAAUUUUAGAACGAAAAAAGUAUUUAGCAUUACGCUCUAAUAACCAUGUGUAUGAGUCGUCACUAUUAAUUUCAAAUUCGAUGAAAUCUGAGCUGAAUUGGUGGUAUAACACUUUAAGCCAGAACAUAGGUAGGCCUAUUGUAGUAGAUACAGACUUUGCUCUUGAAAUGUAUACGGACGCUUCUCUAACAGGUUGGGGUGCCCGUUGUUUAAAUGAAGUGACACAUGGUUUUUGGAAUGUAGAUGACAGUAAAAAGCAUAUUAAUUAUUUGGAAUUGCUAGCAGUAUUUAAUGCACUUAGAUCGUUUGCCUCAGAUUAUUUUAAUUGUUCCAUUUUGCUUAGAGUAGAUAAUGUAACAGCAAUAGCCUGCAUCAAUCGUAUGGGUAGUGUAAAGUUUCGGAGUCUUAAUAAUAUCACAAGACAAAUUUGGUUGUGGUGUGAGAAUAGAAAUAUUUUCAUAGUUGCCUCAUACAUUAAUACAAAAGAGAAUAUUCAUGCAGAUAGGGAAUCCCGUUCGACUUUAAUUAAUACAGAGUAUGAACUGUCGAUUUCUGCUUUUCAGGAAAUAUGUCGCUGCUUUGGAACACCUACUAUUGACUUAUUUGCAACACAAUUAAAUGCAAAGUGUAUUAGAUAUAUCUCCUGGAAACCAGAUCCUAAUUCUAUAAAUGUAGAUGCAUUCACAGUUUCUUGGAAAGGUGAAUUUUUCUAUGCCUUUCCCCCAUUUAGUCUUAUAACAAAAUGUUUACAAAAGAUCAUUGCUGAAGGAGCCCAAGGAAUAGUGGUAGUACCUUGCUGGAAUACUCAGCCAUGGUACUCUGUCUUUCACAAACUUCUUAUAACAAAACCUUUAGUUUUCGCACCAAAUCAAACUCUUCUUUCUUCGCCUUUUAGGAAACAUCAUCCACUAUGGCAAAGUCUUUCCCUGGAGGUUGGAAUUUUAUCCGGGAGGCUUUUCAGAGAAGAGGUGUUCCAACAAUAGGACUUCAGACUAUGAAAUCUUCUCUUAGUCCAUCGGCCUUAAAACAGUACACUACAUACUUGAGAAAAUGGUGGUUUUUUUUUGUAGCACAAGGAGCCAUAAUCCUUUUGAGUAUUCCUUAAACUUGGUACUGACCUUUUUAAGCACUCAAUUUCAAGAUGGUGCCUCUUAUUCUACAAUUAACUCGCAACAUGCUGCUAUAGUCCUUCUUUUUUCAGUAAGCAACUCUGAUAGACGUAUUUAUAAUCAGAAACCAUCUAGACCAAGGUAUCAAACUACCUGGGAUCCACACCCUGGUCUGUUACAUUUAGCCACUUUAUAUCCUUUGUCCGAAAUUUCUAGGCUUCAAUUAACGAUGAAGUUAAGUACAUUAUUAGCACUAAUUACAGGUCAUAGACUACAAACUUUGACACGUAUCCGUUUACAAAAUAUAACUCGAUUUCCAGAUCGUUUAGAAAUUAAAAUUUCGGAUAUAAUCAAAACUUCCUCUUCCAAACAUUUACAACCUCUACUGAUAAUACCAUAUUUUAAGGAAAAUUCACCUCUUUGUUUAGCCUCUGUUAUUGAUCACUAUAUACAUGUCACAAAAAAUCUUCGUUCUUCUGAAACAGACUUCUUAAUCCUGACUGUUAAUAAGCCUUUUCGCUCAGUAUCAACUCAGAGAUUGAGUAAGUGGAUUAAACUUACUCUUGCGGCUAGUGGCAUCGAUACCACUCAAUUUUCGGGUUACAGUACUCGACAUGCUGCCACUUCGGCCGCAUAUAGGGCUGGAAUUUCCAUUGAGGUUAUUCGAAGCACAGCAGGCUGGACACAAAGGUCCAACAUGUUUGCAAAAUUUUAUAAUCGACCCCUGUCAGAAGAUCCUACAGCAUUUGCUAAAGGGAUCUUAGAAUCUUUUGGGAAUACUUGUAAUUAGUUUUUAGGUACUUAUGUUCUUUAUUAGUAUAUACAUAAUUUUAAUUAGUGCUAGUUAUUAAGCAAAAUACUGUUUUUUGGAUAUUGUCUUUUUCCCAAAUAUAUUUUU